CGGCACCCCUAGCCCGAGUCCAGAGCUCCUGGUCCUCCUCCUCCCCCGCGCCGUCACUGGCUGCACCGCCGCGGCCCCGGCACAAUAGAAGCUCCGCCCUCGCUCCGCGCCAGCCGGUGCGCCCCCGGGCUCCCCCGCCGUGCGUGCCCGCGCCUCUGCCGCGCGCCUGCCUCACACCUGAGACACCUUCCGGUCACCUCUUCCCUGCGCCCCGCUCCCCACAGUCUUGACUACUCGGGUCGGGAAGGAGAUGCCCAGGGUCUCCGGGGUGCGCCCUCCUGCCCCGCGCAGCCGCACCCAGCUUUAGGAGGCGCCGGGGCAGCCACUCAACGCUCCAGCCAAGACACCUUCCUGCCUCAGUCUGCGCUGAGCCCGCGACCCGAGCCGUUCUCAGAGGGGCUGAGGUCCCUGUGGUCGCGUCCCUCAUGGCCAAGCCUCUACCGCCAGUUCUCUGCUUCGCUCUACUUGUGGCACGGGUGUGGGGGGUCAGCACUCCCCCCACUGGGACGACCGAGCCCCCCGAUGCGCAGACAGUGGCGCCCACAGAGGAUGAGACUCUGCAGAACGAGGCGGACAACCAGGAGAACGUUCUAUCUCAGUUGCUGGGGGACUAUGACAAAGUCAAGGCCAUGUCUGAAGGCUCUGACUGCCAGUGCAAGUGUGUGGUGAGACCUCUGGGCCGAGAUGCCUGCCAGAGGAUCAACGAGGGCACCUCCAGGAAGGAAGACUUCUAUACUGUGGAAACCAUCACAUCCGGCUCAUCUUGCAAGUGUGCCUGCGUCGCACCCCCGUCCGCCCUUAAUCCCUGUGAGGGGGACUUCAGGCUGCAGAAGCUGCGGGAGGCGGACAGCCGAGACCUGAAGCUCUCCACAAUCAUAGACAUGCUGGAAGGUGCUUUCUAUGGGCUGGAUCUCCUGAAGCUGCAUUCGGUCACCACCAAACUGGUGGGGCGGGUGGAUAAGCUGGAGGAGGAAGUUUCUAAAAAUCUCACCAAGGAAAAUGAGCAAAUCAAAGGGGACGUGGAAGAAAUUCGAAUGGAGAUAAACAAGCGUGGCAAAGAGAACUGCUCCGGUAACAUCCUGGACAGCAUGCCAGACAUCCGCGCAGCCCUGCAGAGGGAUGCAGCGGCUGCCUACGCCCACCCUGAGUAUGAAGAGCGGUUUCUGCAGGAGGAGACCGUGUCCCAGCAGAUCAACUCCAUCCAGCUCCUGCAGACGCAGCCCCUGUCCCCGCCUAAGGUGGUGAAGCCACAGCGGCCCCUGCGGAGGCAGGUCCACCUGAGGGGCCAGCCAGCCUCCAAGCCCACCAUCAUCCGGGGCAUCACCUAUUAUAAAGCUAAGGUCUCUGAGGAAGAGAACGACAUUGAAGAGCAGCACGAUGAGCUUUUCAGUGGUGAAAACGGAGUGGAUUUGCUAAUUGAAGACCAGCUCUUGAGACAUGAUGACCUGCUGACCAGUCCCAUGCAGAGGCCAGGAGCCACCCAUCACAGUGCUGCUGUGACAGCUGCCCCAAGUGUCCAAACCAUGCCCCAGUCCUCAGCGCCUGCCACCGAGCCUGCUUUCCAGGACUCAGUGGGACAGCUCUCACCAACACUCCAGACCACCUCAGUGGUCCCAGAUUCCAUGAGGGAACCACCUUCUGCUCAGGUCCCUUCUACCACCGUGGCCCACACAGCCACCCAGCUACCUCCAACCUCAGCUGCUCCAGCCUCAGCAACUCCUGGAGAUGUGUUUGGUGAAGCAAUGUACAUAGCUCCUGUGCCACCCACCAUGGUCAGGACAGACUCACUGGGGAAGGAUGCAACUGCCGAACAGGGGACAGCCCCAGCUAGCCCCACCCUGACCCCUGAGGAAGAAGAUGACAUCCGGAAUGUGAUAGGAAGGUGCAAGGACACCCUCUCCAUGAUUACAGGACCAACUACCCAGAACACAUAUGGGCGGAAUGAAGGGGCCUGGAUGAAGGACCCCUUGGCUGAGGAUGAGCGAAUCUAUGUAACCAAUUACUACUAUGGCAACACCCUGGUGGAGUUCCGGAACCUGGAGAACUUCAAACAAGGUCGCUGGAGCAAUUCCUACAAGCUCCCGUACAGCUGGAUUGGCACUGGCCACGUGGUGUACAAUGGCGCCUUCUUCUACAACCGGGCCUUCACUCGCAACAUCAUCAAGUAUGACCUGAAGCAGCGCUAUGUGGCUGCCUGGGCCAUGCUCCACGAUGUGGCCUAUGAGGAGGCCACACCCUGGCGGUGGCAGGGCCACUCAGAUGUGGACUUUGCUGUGGACGAGAACGGCCUGUGGCUCAUCUACCCAGCCCUGGAUGACGAGGGUUUCAGCCAGGAGGUCAUCGUCCUGAGCAAGCUCAAUGCUGUGGACCUGAGCACACAGAAGGAGACCACAUGGCGCACGGGGCUGCGGCGGAAUUUCUACGGCAACUGCUUCGUCAUCUGUGGGGUGCUGUAUGCCGUGGACAGCUACAACCAGCGGAACGCCAACAUCUCCUACGCCUUCGACACCCACACCAACACGCAGAUCGUCCCUAGGUUGCUGUUUGAGAAUGAGUAUUCCUACACCACCCAGAUAGACUACAACCCCAAAGACCGUCUCCUGUAUGCCUGGGACAAUGGCCACCAGGUCACUUACCAUGUCAUCUUUGCCUACUGACACCCUAGUCCCUG